CCUUCCUUCCCCCUCAGUGGCUGCCUCGGCCGGAGGCGACUGUGGCGUCGAAUUGCUCCCCGCGGCGGCCGCCGCCGCCACCGCCGCCUCCCCCCGCCGCUCUCCGCGGUGAGAGCUCGGGCCGCCUAUGGCGGGUGUUGGGCUCUGAGGGCGAACGCGGAAGGAAGUUCGCUCUUGCCCCCGGCAUGGCGGGGCGGCGGGGUGGAGCGGCGGCUGGUCCCCUGGGGGAAGCGCUGCCGCCGCCGCCGCCGGCGUUGCUGUUGUCCCCGUGCUGCGCCGGGGGGGCGUCGUCGUCGUCGUCGGAGCCGGCCCGCGAGCUCUUCGAAGCCUGCCGGAACGGCGACGUGGAGCGCGUGAAGCGGCUGGUGAGGCCCGAGAACGUGAACAGCAGGGACACGGCCGGCAGGAAGUCCAGCCCCCUCCAUUUCGCCGCAGGUUUUGGUCGAAGGGAUGUAGUGGAAUAUUUGCUUCAGAGUGGUGGUAACGUUCAUGCACGAGACGAUGGGGGCCUCAUUCCACUUCAUAAUGCCUGUUCUUUUGGUCAUGCUGAAGUUGUCAAUCUUCUCUUGCGGCAUGGUGCAGAUCCUAACGCACGGGAUAAUUGGAACUACACUCCCCUUCAUGAAGCUGCCAUUAAGGGCAAAAUUGAUGUCUGCAUAGUACUGUUACAGCAUGGUGCUGAUCCAGCUAUCCGAAAUACAGAUGGAAGAACAGCAUUGGACUUGGCGGAUCCAUCAGCAAAAGCAGUGCUCUCAGGUGAAUACAAGAAAGAUGAACUCUUGGAAAGUGCCAGGAGUGGAAAUGAAGAAAAACUGAUGGCUCUUCUCACACCACUAAAUGUCAACUGUCAUGCAAGUGAUGGCCGAAAGUCAACUCCAUUACACUUGGCAGCUGGCUAUAACCGUGUUAAGAUUGUGCAGCUCCUGCUGCAGCAUGGAGCAGAUGUACAUGCUAAGGAUAAAGGAGAUCUUGUUCCUCUUCACAAUGCUUGCUCCUAUGGACAUUAUGAAGUAACAGAACUUCUUGUAAAGCAUGGAGCAUGUGUGAAUGCAAUGGAUCUGUGGCAGUUUACUCCUCUGCAUGAAGCAGCUUCUAAGAACAGAGUGGAAGUGUGUUCUCUCUUGCUGAGCUAUGGUGCUGAUCCUACACUGUUAAACUGCCAUAAUAAAAGUACAAUCGACUUGGCCCCAACACCUCAAUUAAAAGAACGAUUGGCAUAUGAAUUCAAAGGUCACUCACUGCUACAUGCUGCGAGGGAAUCUGAUGCAGCUCGUGUAAAAAAGCACCUUUCUCUUGAGACUGUAAAUUUCAAACAUCCCCAGACUCACGAAACUGCCUUGCACUGUGCUGCUGCAUCUCCAUAUCCUAAAAGAAAACAAAUCUGUGAACUGCUUUUAAGAAAAGGAGCCAACGUCAAUGAAAAGACAAAAGACUUCCUGACACCUCUCCAUGUGGCAGCAGAAAAAGGUCAUAAUGAUGUUGUUGAAGUAGUCAUGAAACAUGAAGCAAAGGUCAAUGCUUUGGAUAACCUUGGGCAGACAUCUCUGCAUAGAGCAGCACACUGUGGUCAUCUGCAGACCUGCCGCCUGUUGUUGAGCUCCGGGUGUGAUCCAUCAAUUGUGUCACUGCAGGGUUUCACAGCAUCUCAGAUGGGAAAUGAGAGUGUUCAGCAAUUAUUACAAGAAGGUGUCCCUUUAGGCAACUCGGAAGCAGAUCGGCAAUUGUUGGAAGCUGCAAAGGCAGGUGAUGUGGACACAGUAAAAAAGUUAUGUACGGUACAGAGCGUGAAUUGCCGGGAUAUUGAAGGCCGCCAGUCCACUCCACUUCACUUUGCAGCAGGAUACAACAGAGUAUCAGUGGUUGAGUAUCUUCUGCAGCAUGGUGCUGAUGUUCAUGCAAAAGACAAAGGAGGCCUUGUCCCUUUGCACAAUGCUUGUUCUUAUGGACACUAUGAAGUGGCUGAACUGCUGGUUAAACAUGGUGCAGUUGUCAAUGUAGCUGAUUUGUGGAAGUUCACUCCUUUACAUGAAGCUGCUGCAAAAGGGAAAUAUGAGAUUUGUAAGCUUCUGCUACAGCAUGGGGCUGACCCCACAAAGAAAAACAGAGAUGGAAACACACCAUUAGACCUUGUUAAAGAUGGUGACACAGAUAUUCAGGAUCUCCUUAGAGGAGAUGCAGCUUUGCUAGAUGCUGCGAAAAAGGGCUGCUUGGCUCGGGUGAAGAAAUUGUGCUCCCCUGAUAAUGUAAAUUGCCGUGAUACACAAGGCCGACACUCCACUCCACUCCACUUGGCAGCUGGUUACAACAAUUUGGAGGUUGCAGAAUAUCUGUUACAGCAUGGAGCUGAUGUAAAUGCACAAGAUAAAGGGGGUCUAAUUCCUCUACACAAUGCAGCAUCCUAUGGGCAUGUAGAUGUAGCAGCUUUACUUAUAAAGUAUAAUGCGUGUGUAAAUGCUACGGACAAAUGGGCUUUCACACCUUUGCAUGAAGCAGCCCAGAAAGGAAGGACACAGCUUUGUGCCUUAUUGUUGGCACAUGGAGCUGAUCCUACUCUGAAAAACCAGGAAGGACAAACGCCUUUAGACCUAGUCACCGCAGAUGAUGUUACUGCAUUAUUGACAGCUGCCAUGCCACCUUCCGCCUUGCCAUCUUGUUACAAGCCUCAGGUUAUAAAUGUAUCUCAAAACACAGCAUCUUCAGCAGAUUCACUUUCUUCAGUUCCAUCUAGCCCUUGUAAUCUGUCCGCUGCCAGUAGCCUUGACAACUUGUCUGGUAGCUUCUCUGAACUUUCAGUUGUUAGUACAAGUAGUGCUGAUGGGGCCACUGGUUUGGAGAAGAAGGAAGUUUCAGGUGUUGAUUUUAGCAUAAAUCAAUUUGUGAGAAAUCUUGGACUUGAACAUCUAAUUGACGUAUUUGAGAGAGAGCAGAUAACAUUAGAUGUACUGGUUGAAAUGGGGCACAAAGAAUUAAAGGAAAUUGGUAUUAACGCUUAUGGGCACAGACACAAAAUAAUUAAGGGAGUUGAAAGACUAAUCUCAGGACAACAAGGUCUUAACCCCUACCUAGCUUUGAAUACUUCAGGUAGUGGAACAAUCCUCAUAGACCUAUCCCCUGAUGAUAAAGAGUUUCAGUCAGUGGAAGAAGAGAUGCAGAGCACUGUUCGAGAGCACAGAGAUGGUGGACAUGCCGGCGGGGUUUUCAACAGAUACAACAUUCUAAAGAUACAAAAAGUAUGUAACAAAAAGCUCUGGGAAAGAUACACUCACAGGAGGAAAGAAGUUUCUGAAGAGAAUCAUAAUCAUGCUAAUGAAAGGAUGUUGUUCCAUGGCUCCCCUUUUGUGAAUGCAAUUAUUCAUAAAGGUUUUGACGAGAGGCAUGCAUACAUAGGCGGAAUGUUUGGAGCAGGAAUUUAUUUUGCUGAAAAUUCCUCCAAAAGCAACCAGUAUGUGUAUGAUGGUGGUGGCACUGGUUGCCCAAUUCACAAAGACAGAUCUUGUUAUGUCUGCCAUAGGCAGUUGCUGUUUUCUGUUACAUUGGGCAAGUCUUUUCUACAGUUCAGUGCAAUGAAAUGGCUCAUUCCUCCUCCAGGACAACCAUUCAGUUACUGGCGGCCUAGUGUAAAUGGACUAGCUUUAGCAGAAUAUGUCAUUUACAGAGGAGAGCAGGUAGUGUAUUUUUAGUUUCACUUUCCAAACACGGUUUUCCUUAAAUUUGAAGGUUUGUAUUCAUAGGCAC